AUGACUCAGGCCGCCGACGGCUCGAGCUCGACCGUCAACGGCAUCAAAGACUCAUACUGCGAUGUGCUCAUCAUUGGCGCUGGACCUGCCGGUCUCAUGGCAGCCAAUUGGCUCGCCGUCCAAGGCCUAGGUCCCUCCGUCCGGAUCAUCGACAAGCGCAACGACAAGAUCUUCAAUGGCCAAGCUGACGGUCUGCAGUGCCGGUCGCUCGAGAUCCUUCACAGCUUCGGGCUCGGCGAAGACAUCUGGCGGCAGAGCAACCGGAUGAUCGAGAUGCGAUUCUGGAACCCAGGUCCGGACGGCAAGCUGCAGAGGACGGGAAGAAAGCCGGAUACGAUUCCAGGCAUAUCACGCUGGCAGCAGUGCGUGCUGCAUCAGGGCAGGAUUGAGAAGGCCUUCCUGGACAGCAUCGCCAAGCACUCGCGCGGGAAGCUCAGCGUUGAGCGUGGCAUCCUGCCGGAGACGCUGGCGGUGGAUGAGGCUGGCAUCGAUGAUGCGAAGGCCUACCCUGUGACGGUCGAGGUGCGAAAGUUGUCCGAGGAGGAAGCGACGCCCACGCAGAUGGGCAAGAGCGUGCCCAAUGGUCCGUUCCGCUCAUCCCUAGCGCCCGAUGACACGCCUGCUGGAGCCUCAAACGGCGCGCCCAGCGCGUCUGGUCCGCGCGAGAGGAUCCACGCCAAGUACGUGAUUGGCUGCGAUGGUGCCCACUCGUGGACACGCCGUCAGAUGGGAAGCAAGAUGGAGGGCGACCAAACAUCGUUCAUAUGGGGCGUGCUUGAUGCGAUCCCCAUCACCGACUUCCCAGAUGUCCGCAACAGGUGUGCUAUCCACUCCGCCGAAUCGGGCAGCAUGAUGAUCAUCCCACGCGAGGAUGGGCUAGUGCGUUUCUACAUCCAGGUGUCCGAGCUGAACAAGGGCGUCGACCGCUACAGCAUUACACCAGAGAUGAUCCUCAAGACCGCCAAGGCCAUCAUCGCGCCGUACACGCUCGACAUCGGCGAGGGCGACCUUGACUGGUGGACCGCCUACGUGAUCGGCCAGCGCACCGCCGACAAGUUCUCGCUGCAUGAUCGCGUGUUCAUCGCCGGCGAUGCGUGCCACACCCACUCUCCCAAGGCGGGCCAGGGGAUGAACACGUCUAUGCAAGACACGUACAAUCUGACGUGGAAGAUCGCCUCUGUGGUCAAAGGGAUCUCGCCAAGGAGUAUCCUGCCGACGUAUGAGAUGGAGCGCAAGCAAAUCGCACAGGACCUAAUCACAUUCGACCACAAGUUUAGCAGACUGUUCAGCGGGAAGCCGGCCAAGGACGAGGCUGACGCUGCGGGCAUCUCGAUGAGCGAGUUCCAGAAGGCUUUCGAGCAGGGCAACCGCUUCGCGUCGGGUCUGUCAGUGGACUAUCAGCGCUCGUUGCUGACGGUCAAGCCUAAGGGUGCGCCUCAGUCAACGGUCGAAGGCGGUACGGCUGUGGCCCACGGGGAGGUGGCAGGUCCAGCGGAGGGUGUGGUCAGCGAUGCUUCGCUGUCAGCUGAGUCGGCGGGCGAGACGCGCAUCGAGGUGGGCAAGCGAUUCAACACGGCCCAGGUGAUCUGCCAUGCCACGGUGCUGCCGUACGAGCUGGCCGACUGGAUCGUCUCGGAUGGAAGGUGGCGGGUGGUCUACUUCUGUGGCGAUAUUCGCGACGCUGCCUGCAAGAACGAGAUGCAACAAUUUGGUGACUACCUGGCUUCGCGGCUGGUGCCUCGCUUCACACCGCAAGACCAAGACUUCGACUCGGUGAUCGAGGUGCUCACUGUCUCAGCAACGCCGCGUGUAGAGAAUGAGAUGCAGGACUACCACCCAGCACUCCGGCCGAGCACCUCUCACCAUCAUCGCCCCACCCCAGAUGGGAGCUACAAUGUCUCCCCUGACUACCACAAGAUCUUUGUCGACGACGAGACCUACCACCAAGGGCACGGUCGUGCGUACGAGAAGUACGGCGUGCGGACCGACAGGGGUACGGUGGUGGUCAUCCGACCCGAUGGCUACGUAUCGCUGUUGGUGGAAGCAAAAGAGUACGCACAGCUGGGCGACUUCUUCGGCAAGUUCUUGCUGCCUCCGGGCGAGCAUGUGACUCAUCAGCACACUCGGAAGAAGCGGACAACGCCGAAGCUGAUGAGCGUCGAAAAGGGAGGUGAAGAAGCGUCCAAGUUGCCUGCAUCGACGGGUCUGCCUCAGAGCACACUGAAUGAGGCUCACUCUCAUAAGAACACGCAAAGGUUGACUGCGCCCGCUGCUGCUCUGUGA